UCCGUCGAUCGCGGGGCUGCAAGCGCGCGCCGCCUGUCUUCAUUCUGCUGUCCCGCUGCGAAAUGAACGGGCUGGACGGAGGCAGGGCGUUUCAUCCGCGCUCGACAGCUCAGCUUAAUUAAAAAAGCACUUUGCCAUUCGGAUGAUGACGACAUUAUAGCUUUCUCCAUGAGUUAGCUGUAGUCAGCUGCAUUAUUGGGUGUUUGGAACGGCAACUGGGGGUCAUUACUUACCCAUAACAUCAAGGUGGUGUGCUUAACUACUCUUGUUUCAGUAACCAGUUGCUUCUAAUUAUCCGCGAUAGCUGUACGUGGGACAAGUACAGUUGCGCAUACUAUCUUUUUCUCAUGUGAAUGCCAACGCCUUAUGUUCUUCUUUUACUGCGUCUUGGUUAUCUGUGCUGGAGAAGUAACCAACUGGCAGCCACAAUUUCGCAAUUUUUUUAUAUGCAGUUUUUUGUAUUUUGCUCUAAACCGAGGGCUUCAAAGUAAGACGCUUGGGUGUAGGUUUAACUGCGGAGGAAUCAGUAUUCAAGAUGGGCUGCACGCUCAGUGCCGAAGACAAAGCAGCGGUGGAGAGGAGUAAGAUGAUCGAUCGGAACCUCAGGGAAGAUGGGGAGAAAGCGUCCAGGGAAGUCAAACUGCUCCUGCUCGGUGCUGGGGAGUCUGGAAAAAGCACAAUAGUAAAGCAGAUGAAGAUCAUCCACGAAGACGGUUACUCUGAGGAGGAGUGCAGGCAGUACAGGGUGGUGGUGUACAGCAACACCAUCCAGUCCAUCAUCGCCAUCAUCAGGGCUAUGGGCCGCCUGAAGGUGGACUUCGGGGAUCCAGCCCGAGCCGAUGAUGCCCGUCAGCUCUUUGUCCUGGCCGGCUCUGCGGAGGAGGGUCUCAUGACAGCCGAGCUCUGCGGGGUCAUCAAGAGACUGUGGACCGACCCUGGAGUGCAGAGCUGCUUCCUGCGCUCCCGAGAGUACCAACUCAACGACUCCGCCUCCUACUACCUCAACGACCUGGAAAGAAUCUCCCAGCCGAACUACAUUCCAACCCAGCAGGACGUGCUGCGGACUCGUGUGAAGACCACCGGGAUUGUGGAGACUCACUUUACCUUCAAGGAGCUGUACUUCAAGAUGUUCGAUGUGGGCGGUCAGCGUUCCGAGAGGAAGAAGUGGAUCCACUGCUUCGAAGGCGUGACGGCCAUCAUCUUCUGCGUGGCGUUGAGUGACUACGACCUGGUCCUAGCUGAGGAUGAGGAGAUGAACCGCAUGCACGAGAGCAUGAAGCUGUUCGACAGCAUCUGCAACAACAAGUGGUUCACAGACACCUCCAUCAUCCUCUUCCUCAACAAGAAGGACCUGUUUGAGGAGAAGGUGAAGAGCAGCCCUCUCACCAUCUGCUACCCAGAGUACACUGGCUCCAACACGUACGAAGAGGCUGCCGCCUAUAUCCAGUGCCGGUUUGAGGACCUGAACCGACGCAAGGAUUCCAAAGAGAUCUACACCCACUUCACCUGCGCCACGGACACCAAGAACGUGCAGUUUGUGUUUGACGCCGUCACCGAUGUCAUCAUCAAGAACAACCUGAAGGAGUGUGGCCUUUAUUAAGCUGGGAGCUGCCUCUCUGCCUGACACAGGCCACCGCGAAUAUCAGCCCUGCAGCAUCAGCCAGCCAUGCGAACGGGCUCAGCUCAAGUGUCAGCGGGGGUGUUCCAUGCGAGUGACCACACCCUGCACCUCAGCACAACUUUCUACAUCCCCCCCAACCUUACUGCUUUGAGACAGUGCUCGUUUUGUUUGUCAGGACAAAGCUUUGUAAAUAGGAUGGAAGUACAGCGCGUUACCUUCCGAGGGCUGUGCUGUGUCUUACGUGUAAUUAUUAUUAAUAUGUGUUCCGCAGGAGGCGAAGUGCCGCAUUAAGCAGUCUGGCAGUUUUAUGGAUGACAAAGAAAUCUAAACACUAUUGGCUGCAUUUCAGCCCAGACCUCUGUUUAAAUGUGACUGUUCCUCUCCACUUCAGUGUUUGAUUGCUAUGCAUAAAUGUUUCUUUUCCCCCGCUCAGUCCAGAUUUAUCCACAGCUAUCUAAUAUGUAAUCCCCUCUCAACUCCUUCGCCUGCAGUAUCAUGACACGCUCUGCCUUCUGUAAAUAUGGAAUUUUAGCAAUGCUUUUAUUUUUGUUUUUCUCUAAAAUGUAUCUUCUAACGCGUUUGGUUAGCUUUGGCUUUCCUGUUCAAAUACAUUUGCUAAUGGGUGUAUCGGGAAUGAGGCGUGAAUGCCGAUUGUUCCGGUCUGUCCCACGGAGGCGGCCACAUGCAGGACGAGGGCUGAUUUGCGGGACCUUCUGAGCCAAAGCAGAAUUUGGUUUUAUUUUUGUGACCCUGCAUUCCACAUGCAGCAGUCAGCCAGCCUGAAUAUGAAUCUGCGUCGUCAGACUGAAAAGAAACAGUCUCUUAUUUUUUUCUAUUUUUGGAUAUUGUCACCUAUACAACCUCUAGGUGUGACACACAACAUUUUUGAUUGGUUUUUAAUUCCAGUUGAUAUACAGUGUUUUUAGACGCGGACUGUCUGCAUGAUGUAGAAAUGGGCUUUACAGUGGAGUUUCACUGCUUGAUAUUCUCCAAGUCAGUGACGGAUGUAGAUUUUUUUCUUCUUCAAUCCCAGUAGCGCGUAGUGUGGAACAUUCUACUGGAAACAUCUUUUUUUGUGUGUUUUUUUUUUUUUUUUUCUUUUUGCAACAUCUGACGAUGGUGCUGCAUGAGACACUGCGCCUUCUGCAUGCGACCGCGUCAGCCUGUGAGCGGAUCCCUGCACAUCAGCAUCAGGUUUCCAUGGCACCGGUUCUUCAGUCCCUCUGCACAGAAGCGCCGUCUAAUAUGAGGCCAAGUGGUAUGGGGGGGGGGGCACACUCUGACAUUUUAUUCGCUCAGCUGACGCUCUUUAUCUGGUGCCACGUAUGUAGCCAUUGUGGGGGGGGAAAUUGUUCAGUUAUUUUUUAAAAUUUAAAGAAAUAAAUGUGUUUUGUUGUUUUUU